AUGGACAUCUGCGAGUACCUGGAUCAUGUGCUGCAGCAGGACCAGAAGGAGCAGGAGCUGGUCCAGCAGCUGGUCCAGCAGCUGGAGAGGCUGCAGCAGGAGGCCCAGCAGGCGGAGGAGGCCCUGAGGCUGCAGCACAGCCUGCAGCUGAUGGAGCUUCAGGACCGGGUUCCCAGCAAGGCAAAGUCUGAGGAGCAGCAGCAGGAGCUGAAGGAGCUGCAGUCCGUCCUGGAGUCCGAGGAGGAGCAGCUGCUCCGUCAGAAGGAGGAGCACAAGUCCGUCUUGGGCGCCAUGACGCGUGCAGCGCAGGACUUGGAGAAGACCAGGUCCAGGGAGCCCAACUACAUCGAGACCGAGACCGAGACCCAGGACCUGGUCCGGGUGCAGCAGGCUUGGCACGGAGAGCUCCGAGAGGUCGUCGAAUCCCUUCUGGACCAGAACGAGGUUCUGUGGAGGCAGAAAGGGGCACUGCAGGACCAGAAGGCCCUGCUCCUCAAGAAGGGGGGCGGCCUGAGGGACCUGGAGGAGCUCAGGGACCAGAACCUCUCCUGCAACACGGAGUUGGAGAAUUGGACGAAGAGGAGUCAAAAGCUGAAGGUGGAGCUGAAGGAUUGUAGCUCCGCCCACGAGGGCUUGCUGGAGGAGGAAGAGGCUUUGGGGCGGCUCCUGGCCUCGGCGUCCGAGGAGCGGCGUCAGAAAACAUCCGAGGCGGAUCGGCUGCCGGCCGAGAUCCAGGGGGAGCGGAGAACCAGGAAGCAGCUGGAGGCCGGCAUGCGGAAAGUGGUCACCGUCCUCAGACACAUCCUGACGCAGGACUCAGAGAAGACUCUCAAGACUCAGGGUCAGAGGCUGCUGGAGAUCAUGGAGAGCAUCGCCCCCCAGGGACCAGGAUCCACUCCUGUGGAGAGCAUUGAGCCCCAAACGGACAGAACAGAUCCACUGUUCCUGAUGGCGCGCUACAGACCAGGCGACCUGGGCUCCGCUCCCCGGCCCACAUGGAACCAGAACCCGUCCGUCUGCAGGACGCGAGCUCAGCCGCCUCCCAACAGUUAUUCUGUGGAAUGA